GCCCGGCAGAAGAUGGCGUUCCUGCGCUGUAAGCGAGACCCCUGCGGUGUUAUCUGUCUGAUUUUAACUUAUUUCAGCGUGUUUUACGCAGACUACGUGGUCAUACAGUAUGUCCUCCUCCCCGCCUUCACGGACAGCGUGUGGUGCACUCUACACGGAACGGUGUUCAACCUGAUUCUGCUGCUGCUGCUGGCCUGCCACUCCAAGGCUGUCUUCUCCGACCCUGGUAUUGUGCCUCUUCCUGAGACCGCCAUAGACUUCUCAGACCUUCGCUCCCAGUCGUCUCGCAUGAAUGACCGGGGCUGCGAGGGCUGGACGGUGUGCAGUCGCUGUGAAACCUACAGACCUCCCAGAGCGCAUCACUGCCGCGUCUGCCAGAGGUGUAUACGCCGCAUGGACCACCACUGUCCCUGGAUCAACAACUGUGUCGGAGAGCUAAACCAGAAAUAUUUCAUCCAGUUUCUCUUCUACACCGGCAUGGCCAGUCUGUACUCCAUGGUGCUGGUGGUGUCGGCCUGGGUGUGGCGGAUAAGGAACGAGCGAGACGGAGACGCAGAGAAAGAAGGAGAGGAGAUGCCCAGCAAGCACCUGAUAGUCGCUCACUACAUCAUCCUCCUGGUGGAGUCGGUGUUGUUUGGCGUGUUUGUCAUGGUCAUCUUUUACGAUCAGCUGGUGUCCAUAAUCACGGACGAGACUCCCAUAGAGCAGAUGAGGAACAGGCUCAUGAUGAAGGACAGAGGCUCCUCAGCUUCCUCCUCUUCCUCCUCCGCAUCCUCUCAGCCGCCUCACCACCCUCCACACACCCGCAAGCCAAAGCUCGCUCUGCUGCGGGAGGUGUUCGGACGAGGUUCGGUGUUUUGCUGGCUUCUUCCUCUCCACUCCAGCCCUCCGUCGGUCGGCGGCAUCAUCUACCACGCUCUGCCCGACUACGACGUCUGACCUUUGACCUGUGAGGGCGGGAAAAGGAUGGGGAGAGAGGUUUUGUGAGUGUGUGUGUGUGUGGUGUGUGUGUGUGUGAGAGCGAGAGAGAGAGAGAGAGUGUGUUACUUUUCUGCCUAACUACAAUGUCUUAUCUUUAUCUUUGGACCUGAGUGCUGAAGAGGAAGGAGGAUGAAGGACAAGAUGAAUGAAUGAAUGAGUGAAUGAAACGUGUGUGAUUUUACCCCCCAGGACUUAAAAGAGUUCAGCCUCAGUCCCCAGAUGCAUGAAUUCCUCUCCCAUCAUGAAGGAAGAGCUCCAGCUGCCCCUGUUCUAACUACCAGCGUUGUUUCAUUAUGUUGUGGAGGAGUUGCCCCCGUGGACACAGGCUUGACUGCUGUGGGUGUAACAAAGCUGACAUGCAUUUUGUUUUACACCAUAGCGGCUGAUAUGGGAUGCACUUGACACAUUCUGUACAUUCCGGACCAGAUUUAAUAAGAAAAUGGGGCAUUUAAUAACAUAGUGAUUCUCCAAAACAAUGACUUCAGCUAUCUUGCAAUGUACACAAAAGUGAAAAAUAAUUUUUAUGUUACGUCGUGGUUUGGAUCGGCCCCAAGAUGUAAUGGGUUCUUCAUUGGCCCAUGCUACACCCGUAGCUUUUCCAUUAGCCUGCUGACAGACAGCACAACUAACCUGAAACAUAAUCUCCUCGGUGGAGGUAAUAAGGAUAAAAACACACCUCGCCAAUGCCAAUUCAUGCUAAAAUGCCGCAAUAUGUGCCUAAUUAGGUCUGGCCCUCUGUGUUUUCUCCAGAAAAACACCCAACAGCCUCUGAAAUAACAUUACGGCUUUCGUGAGACACCAAAACUGUCCAGGGGAAACUACAGUGAUGCUAACAAGGGUACACAUCAUGCAAAAACAUGUAUGCAAAAACAUGUAUGCAUAGAUGUGAGAAAGGAGGACAGCAGGACUCGUCUCUAUCGCCCUUCAUGUCAGUCAAACCCCGGUGCAGUCUGUUUAUGAUUCUCUGGUAAUAACCUUCAACCAUCAGCUGAAAGCUACUGGUUGUUAGGCAGAUACAUUGUCCCCUAAACUAGUUUGUUACUGAAUUAUUAUUGUUUGCAUUUUUUUUUUUAAUAGAAUCCAAUUCUUUUCCCCCAGGUAAUAUUCGAGCCAAGCUUUAUAAAGUUACUGGGGAUUUAUACAAACACCAAAGGACAUAAUAGGUCAGUGUAUUUUCUAUUAUUUUUUUUAAUUGUAUUCUCAAAUCAACCACUUGAGCUCCAGAUAUUUAUUAAACGAUGACAACUAAUCACUUUUUUUUUUUUAACAAUAUUUAUGUUUUGCUCUAACAUUUAAUUAGCCACCUGUCCCCCACUACACCCUGUGAGUUAACACUACUAAACUGGUCCUAUUUAAUCUAAAAAGGAAGAAGUAAGAUGUGUUCAUGUGCUGCCUCGGGGGUUCGUGAGCAAACAGGAAAUGGAGAAUUCUGUUUGUUUCCUUUCUUUUUCCUGAUUCACGCGUUUCUUUUUGAAGAAGUUUGAUGUGCUAAUUAACUGUGUUACUACACCUACAGAUUUACACUAUUUCUACCACACACACACACACACACACACACACACACACACACACGCAUGAUUUAAAAAGGGGGAUGCUGGUUAAUAAGACACGUACACUGUUGACUUUGCUGUAAUUCUACAGUUACUUACCA